AUGGCCAAAUUCCUCAUUGUUCUAUGCUCCUUCAUUGCUUGCGCUGUCGCUAAGCCAGAUAUCAUUGCUCCAUUGGCCGCAGUCCCGCUUGCCACCGCCGCAAUCAAUGCCCCAUUGGAUGCUGCUUAUGCCAGCAGUCGUCUUGAUAUUCAGCAGAGAUAUGGCGCCGCUCUAUUUGCUGCAGCACCCGCUAAACUUGUCGCCUCCGCACCAGUUGCCGCUCCAUUGGCUGCUGCUCCCGCUAAAAUUGUGGCUUCCGCUCCAUUAGCUGCUCCUUUGGCUGCUCCAGCUGCCGUUCCAGUAGCCGCCCCUCUUGCCUACACCAACCUGCCUCUGGAUGCCGCUUCCGCCAGCAGCCGUUUGGAUAUUCACCAGAACUACGGAGCCGCUGUAGUACCCGCCACCUUUGCCGCUGCACCAGCUAAACUUGUCGCCUCCGCACCAGUUGCCGCUCCAUUGGCUGCUGCCCCCGCUAAAAUUGUGGCCUCCGCUCCAUUAGCUGCUCCAGCUGCCGUCCCAGUAGCCGCCCCUCUUGCCUACACCAACCUUCCUUUGGAUGCCGCUUCCGCCAGCAGUCGUUUGGACAUUCACCAGAACUACGGAGCCGCUGUAGUACCCGCCACCUUUGCCGCUGCACCAGCUAAACUUGUCGCCUCCGCACCAGUUGCCGCUCCAUUGGCUGCUGCCCCCGCUAAAAUUGUGGCCUCCGCUCCAUUAGCUGCUCCUUUGGUUGCUCCAGUAGCCGCCCCUCUUGCCUACACCAACCUCCCUCUGGAUGCCGCUUAUGCCAGCAGCCGUCUUGACAUCCAACAGAACUACGGAUCCGCCGUAGUCCCAGCUACUUUUGCCGCUGCACCUGCUAAACUUGUUGCUCCAGUCGCUCCAGUAGCACCACUCGCAGCCGCCACAUCUCUGUGGUAA